AUGAGCAGCGCCGACCUGCAGCUCCACGAUCUUGACCCCCAAGGGGUCGAGGUCGACGUGGAACGCAGCCUUCCCUCGGGCGCAGCAGCCCAGUUAAUGCCAUUUGGGCGAGGUAGGCCGCAUCCACCCCAGCUACCGAGCCGUGAGAACUAUGUCGUCGACUUUGACGGCCCAGACGACCCAGCUUUUCCCCAGAACUUGCCGAUGAGGACCAGACUCUACGUCAGUUUCAUCCUCGCCUUCACCUGCGUCAGCUCGACCUUCGACUCCGCCGUCUUCAGCCCGUCCAUGGCCCAGGUGGCCAAACACUUUGGCGUCGGUGCCGAAGUGGCUGCCCUGGCCAGCUCACUCUACAUCGCCGGCUACGCGUGCGGCCCCUUAGUCUGGGCGCCUUUCUCAGAGCGUCAUGGUCGCCGCCUCCCCAUAGUUGUGGCCAUGCUGGGCUUCGGCAUUUUCAACACUGCGGUCGCCGUGUCCAAGGAUCUCCAGACCUUGAUGAUCUGCCGUUUCUUCGGCGGCGUCUUCGGCAGCAGCCCGCUCAUUAACGUCGCCGCUAUCUUCGCUGAUAUGUACGACAACCGUACGCGUGGUAUAGCUAUCGCCCUCUUCGCGAACACAGUCUUCCUGGGCCCGUUGAUCGCACCGUGUAUUGGCGAGUUCAUUGACGAGUCGUACCUCGGCUGGCGCUGGACCGCCUACAUACCCUCCUUCAUGGGAUAUGCAGCAUUUAUCCUCAACCUGCUGUUCCUUAAAGAAACCUAUUCACCCGUUAUCCUUGUCUCCAAAGCCAUCAAUCUGCGCCGCACUACUGGCAAUUGGGGUUUUCAUGCCAAGCAGGAGCAGAUUGAAAUCGACCUGCACGACCUGGUUGUUAACAACCUAGGCCGGCCCCUGCAGAUGCUCUUCAAAGAACCCCUGAUAAUGGCCGUGACGAUCUACCUCAGCUUUAUCUAUGGCCUACUCUACUGCUUCCUUUCUGCCUACACCAGCAGCUUCCAGGGCGUUUACGGCAUGUCAGCCGGCACCGGUGGGCUUCCACUGCUCGCCAUCGUCGCCAAUAACAACAUCCCGGUCCCAGAGUGGCGGCUGCCCCCUGUUGUCGUCGGCGGUGUGCUCUUCUCAGCAGGGCUCUUCUGGCUCGGUUGGACUGGGUUCACGCGCAGCAUCCACUGGAUCGCGCCGACGCUCAGCGGCCUCUUCACAGGCGCCGGCCUGCUCAUUAUCUUCAUCCAGUUGUUCAACUACCUGAUCGAUACGUAUCUUGCUUUCGCCGCCUCAGCGUUAGCAGCAAACACUUUCUGCCGCUCCCUGGUGGCAGCAGGGUUCCCACUCUUCUCCCGGCAGAUGUUCGCCGGUAUGGGAAUCCAAUGGGCUGGCACACUGCUGGGCUGUGUUGCUGCCGUCCUGGUCCCAAUACCCUUGGUGUUUCUGCUCUAUGGAAGAUCCCUGCGGAUGAAAAGUCAUUUUGCCCCGGUGCUAGACAAGGCACAAUGA